CGACUGCUUUUGGAACAGAGCUUUAAUCAACCGUCUCAAAUGAAACAAUUAUAUUUAAUAGUGUGUAUCUUAUCAUUGCUGGGCCAGGGAUCUCAGCAAUGCUCAAUGCGCUGCCAUGUAAAUGCAAAAUGUAAAACUGAGAAUGGAGCCAUAGGUUGCUACUGCUCUAAUGGAUACACAGGGGAUGGCAUCAAUUUCUGUCAAGAUGACAAUGAAUGUCAAAAUGCAACAAACAUAUGUGGUGAAAAUGCUAACUGCACAAAUACAGAUGGUGGCUACUACUGCACGUGUGUCCCUGGUUUUAAUUCAAGUGGAGCUGAAAGAUUUGUGACUAAUGAUGGAACAUACUGCAUUGAUGAAGAUGAAUGUAAUGAAAAAAAUUGUGGAUACAAUGCUAAGUGCAAGAACACUGCUGGAGGAUAUGAUUGUUUCUGCAAGGAAGGUUAUCAACCAUCCUCAGGAAGAUUGCUGUUUAAAGCAGAUGAUGGUACUUAUUGCCAGGAAAACUACAAGCUCAAAUGCCAUUUGGAUGACACCUGCAUAUCUUCUAGUAUUAAUAAAACCAUUAGCCAAGUAAACACAAUUAAGGAACCUAUUGCUAUUCUAAAAGAAAUUCAGAGAAAUACUGCAAGAGAGCUUCUUCCCAUUGAUGUGAUUUCAUAUGUUGAAGUGCUGGCUGCAUCCUCGCCUUUACUAAGUACUGUAAAUAACAGUGUACUGAACAAGGAGAAUACAACCAUCAUAACAUUUGUUAAAACAGUGAACAAUUUUGUUGAAAAGGAUAAAAUUAAAGUUUGGAAUAAUCUCAAAGAUGAUAUUAGAAUAAAAAGCAUAACAAAACUUAUGCAUACAACAGAGCAGGCAGCCCUGGACAUGUCACAGAACUUUAAAAGGACAACACAGCUCAGUAUCAAUGCAAGUGAUAUGGCUCUCAGACUGUUUACCUUUGACUCUAACCACAUGAAACAUACCCACCCACAUGUAUUUAUUGAAGGUGACAGCAUAAAGAUUUCUCCAAAGAAAAAGGAAUCAUCUCUCUCAAAUGGAACAGUAAUUAUUAUAUUUUUGCGGUAUGAGAACAUAGGUGUUUUACUUGGGUUGAAUGACAAUGCUGGUAUUAAGGAACAUGAUUCUGUGGAUCAAAGGGCAUUGGUAAAUUCCCCUGUUAUAGCUGCAGCUAUCAACUCAAAUCCCCCAACACUGUAUCAACUUGAGAAGAUAACAUUCAUUCUUAAACAUAGAGAGAUAUUUUCAGAUGUUGGUGCCACUAAAUGUGCCUUUUGGAGUUACAAACAAGAAACUAUGAAUGGGGAAUGGUCCACUGAUGGAUGUGAGGUGUUGGCUUCCAACUUGACGCACACAUCUUGCAGGUGUAACCAUCUUACACAUUUUGCUAUUCUGAUGUCUUCCUCAAGCCACAACCAAGUGGCCUCUCACCAUAGUGUAUUAUCGAGAAUUACUCAGUUUGGGAUAAUCAUUUCACUGAUCUGUCUCUCCCUGUGCAUUUUUACAUUUCUGUUCUUCAGUGAAAUUCAAAGCACAAGGACAACUAUCCACAAGAACCUUUGCUGUGCAUUAUUUUUGGCUGAACUUCUAUUUAUUAUUGGAAUAAACAUGACCAAGAAUAAGCUUUUCUGUGCAGUAGUUGCUGGAUUGCUGCACUACUUUUUCCUCGCUGCCUUUGCCUGGAUGUGCAUUGAGGGAAUUCAUCUCUAUCUCAUUGUAGUCGGAGUUAUUUACAAUAGAGGAUUUCUGCACAAGAAUUUUUAUAUCUUUGGAUAUUGUAGCCCAGCUGUAGUUGUUGGAAUUUCUGCAAUAUUAGGAUAUAAAUAUUAUGGGACUGAUAAAGUAUGUUGGCUGAGUACAGAAAAUAAUUUUAUAUGGAGUUUUAUUGGACCUGCCUGUCUCAUCAUUCUUGUCAAUCUGAUGGCAUUUGGAGUGAUAAUAUACAAAGUGUUCCGGCAUACUACAAUGUUAAAACCUGAAGUUACAUGUUAUGAAAACAUAAGGUCAUGUGCAAGAGGAGCUCUAGCUCUUUUAUUUCUUCUUGGUGCUACUUGGAUGUUUGGAGUUCUUCAUGUUGUUAACGGUUCAGUGGUCACUGCAUAUCUUUUCACCAUCUCCAAUGCAUUUCAAGGGAUGUUUAUCUUCAUAUUUCUCUGUGUCUUAUCCAAAAAAAUACAAGAAGAAUAUUACAGGUUGUUCAAAAAUGUUCCAUGCUGUUUCACUUGUCUAAGAUAAGUGCGCGGACAAUCCUUGAAAUUUGGAGCAAAAAAACAGUGAAAGAUUCUAUUUACUGAAGAAAAAUCAGCAUUGUCGAAGUCCUAAAAAAUAAUGUUAGGUAUUGAAGUAAACUGGUCUUCCAUUGUGAAAUGAAUUAAUAUAUUAUUUUCUAAAUGUUAUUUUCUGUUAUUUUCUAAAUGACACCAUCACAUUCUAAAGUUGUUGUUGUUGAUCUACAGUACUUAAUAAUCGGAUUGUCACCAAUUGGCUGUUUAAGUUUACAGAAACAUGCUUAAGUAAGCACUACUCAUACAAACAAAAUAGGUCUAUAUGUAUUUAUAAAAACAUGGAAGUAAAGUAGAACAAUUUAGAUGUCUAGAAUGGCACAUUGAAAAGUUGCAGUGGUACCUUGAGUUUAAAUUUUAUUUUCUAUUCCCAGACACCUAUAAAACAUAUUCUUGUUUAUUAAUGAAAUGUCUAAAAUGAUUUGUCAAGCAUACAAAGUACUAUUGUGUAACAUUUCGAAAUAUUUUUAUACACUGACAAAAAUUAAGAUAUUUUUAAUUACACUCAUGAUAGUAUUGUAUCUGGUGUUUGUCUUUGAGUGACUGCAUUAGUAGACUGCAAAAAAGAAAGAAAGUAAAAAACUCUUUGGAUAGACAUACUAAGCAUUUGCAAAUUAUAUUUGGUUAUAUUGUUUCAUGCUUAAACUCCACAUUUAUAAAUGGGACUGGAAUAUAUUUAAUUCAUAAUAUAAAAUACUGCUCUCCCCUUUGAUCUCUACUGAAUCUUGCAA